ACUUUAUUCUACCGAAGAACGAUUAAAGUUUUGAUCAUAAAAAUUUUUCUUUAAAUAAUAAUUAUCACUUCUCUCACUUCUAAAGUAAGCACGAUAUAAAAAUGCCGGAACAGGAGCCGAGAAAUGUAAUUAUUGGCUUCGCACAAGCUGUUGGUUCAAUGCUUGAUGGUCCAACUACUUGGUUCAAAGAAAAAAUCGUCGAGCCUAACCAGAAAAAAUAUCCGUGGUAUCAUGAAAAAUUACGCCGUGUUCCAACUAUUGAUCAGUGCUAUUCUGAUGAUAAAGUAUGCGCAUUUGAAGCUACUGAACAAUUCAAACGUGACAAGAAACUGGACAGCGAAAUUCUCAACAUUCUUCGUCUACGUUUUGAAGAUUGUGUUUUGUAUGAAGCACCAGAUCAUAUGACAAAGUGUCGUCCACUGUUAGAUAUAUACGAGAAGGCAACUGAAAACUGGUUCACUAAGUAUGGUGAUUUAGGAGGAUAUGGCACAGCCAAAACUUGUUACAUGAAACAAAAGCAUCGCAUGAUUUGGGAACGACGACAUGGACCUGUAGGAUCAGGAAUGAAAGACGCUGAAUCAAAUACGUCACCAGCUGAUGAUUAGAAAUUUCUAAUCAAUAUUGUAAAUUAUCUCGUUAAAACUUUAUAAUCAAUCAACGGGACGAAUAAUUUAGUUGUGAAAGUUAA